AAUUACCCGCAGGCGCAGGCCACGUGCCAGGCCAAAGGAGCCGUUCUCGCAUCCGUGAAAACCUUUGACAAGCUGACAAUCGUGAGAAAUCUGGUUGGUGCAAACAUUGCCUGGGUCGGAGCCGACGAUAUGGAAAAGCAAGGAUCCUUCACGUGGAAACUUGAUUCUUCACCGGUGACGAAAGAAACCUUGAAGUCUGUCUUUGCCCUGGGGGAGCCCAACAACUCCCAAGGACUAGAACACUGUGUCCAUUACUAUUUUAAAACUGGGAUGCUCAACGACGUCCAAUGUUCGUCAACUUAUGGCUACGUCUGUGAA